AAAAAAAUAGGAGUCCAAGAUACUAAGCCAGAAUACUUGAGAGAAAGCUCGUCGGCUAGCUAGCAGAGAUGGUGUGCAGAGUGGAAAGGAAUCAAAAGGGUUUGCAAAGAAAACUUCGAAUUCUUCGUGACCUAACCGGUUCAAAAUCGGUGAGGAUGAAUUCAAUCAUUUUGGAUGCCUUUGACUAUAUCAAACAGUUGAAACUCAAAGUUGAAGCUCUCAACAAUCAAUAUCUUCACCUAAUCAGCCGUAAUCAUCCGCCCACGCAGGAGGUAAAGGUCGAGAGGAUCGGCAAUACUGGUUUUCUGGUGAAGGUGAAUUGCAAGAAAGAGAAGGAUUUGAUGGUGCCAAUAUUAGAAAGUUUUGAUGAAAAAGGUCUUAAUGUGCUUCAACUCAAUGUGUCAUGCAACCAAUCCUCAUUUUGUAUGGAAGCUAUCAUUGAAGAUGUAAAUUGUGAAAAUUCAAAUUGUCUAGAUGUUAGAGAUGUAACGGAGACUGUUUUACAGGCCUUGAGAGGCAAACUUGGAGAAAUAUAACCAAGCAUACUGCCGCGUCCUUAUCGAUGAUAUAUACUUAUGAUUUUAGCUCGCAA